AUGAAGGCCGCCAUCGCAUUUCUGAUCCUCGCCGCCUCGGCCUCGGCUGCUCCCAUUGCUGGACGUGCCCCUCUCGCGGAGUCCACACUCAACACUCGCGUCGGCGCAUUUUCCGCUGAAGCGUGCUACGGGGAUUGGUGCGAGACAAAGCGUGAGGCUUCUCCUGAUAAGCGCGACUCUACGCUCAACAAUCGCGUCGGUGCAUUUUCUGCCGAGGCGUGCUACGGCGACUGGUGUGAGACGAAGCGUGAGGUUGCUGGACAUUCUGCCAAAGAGCCACGCGAGGCAAAUGCUAAGACAAUCAAUACUCGUGUCGGCGCGUUCUCAGCCGAAGCAUGUUAUGGCGACUGGUGCGAGACGAAGCGCGAAGCCAAGGCUGAGGCUGAGAACUGA